AUGGAAGCUGCCUUAUUGGCCGCCCCCGCCCUUCCCCACAACACCCCGCGAACCAGAGAGACUCCCCGGAAAUUCCUGUCAUGUGGCCCCCCAAAAAAGAAAAGCCAGACCUCAAUGGGCCUUUCCCUGUUCUUUCUCCAACGUUUUAUUAUCUUCUUCAUCAUCUCCUAAUAUAUCUUGUCGCUUACUUGUCUCUCCUGGGUGCAGGAGAUGUCUGUGAUUAUCCAAUUGAAUCCAGAUGUCGGUUGACUUGAUGAUUUGUUUCGCUUUCUUCUCGCUCCCUCCCCGAUAACCAUCGCCAGUACCCCCGGCUUCUCCUCACUGGCCACACAACUAC